AUGGAUCACGACUCGGUAGAACGUCAGCCAUCCAAUGCUGAUGCAAUGUCCAACCAACAGCGCAAGAGCGUCGCCAACAGAGGCUUGACUGGCGCUUCGGCUCUUACCGUCAGACAAUCUAUAUUUCCCAUCACACUGGUCACCAUUCUCUUUUUCCUUUGGGGCUUUGCAUACGGUCUCCUCGAUGUGCUGAAUGCCAAGUUCCAGACAUCACUUAACAUCACUGCCGCCAAGGCAGGCGGUCUUCAAGGAUCAUACUUCGGAGCGUACUUUAUUGGACCUUUGACAUAUUCUGGCUGGAUUGUCCGCAAAUUUGGAUAUCGCUGGACCUUCAUCACCGGUCUCUGCAUCUACGGCGUCGGUGCCCUGAUGUUUUGGCCCUCGGCAGUCUACAAAUCCUUUGGCGGCUUCUGUGGUUCUUUGUUCAUCGUGGGAUCCGGUCUGUCCACACUGGAGACGUCUGCCAACCCCUUCAUCGCGACCUGCGGACCUCCGAGGUUGUCAGAGUUCCGCCUCGAGCUCUCGCAGUCAUUCCAGGCUGUCGGGUCUGUUGUGGCGCCUCUUCUGGCCUCUCGCGUCUUCUUCAAGAACACAGACUCUACCGACCUCUCUCACGUCCAAUGGACCUACGUCGGCAUCGCAGCCUUCGUCUUCUGCCUUGCGGUCGUCUUCUUCUUCAGCCCUCUCCCGGAGGUUACCGAUGCCGAUAUGGCUCUUCAGGCGGAGCAAUGCUCUGACUUGACUGGAUACGAGGAAAGGCCUCUCUCGAAGCAGUACAAGCUGUUUUUUGGAGUUGCCGCACAGUUCACAUACGUCGGCGCCCAGGUCGCAGUUGCCUCCCAGUUCAUCAAGUACGCUCAGGAAUCAGCUGGGCUCUCGGCGGCCGCGGCUUCUGACCGAUAUGCCAUCGGUCAAUCACUGUUUGCCAUCGGGCGAUUUGCUGCCGCCGGAUUGUUCAUGUUCGUUAAGCCUCGCCUGGUUCUCAUGGUGUUCAUGACUAUGAUCAUGAUCUUCAUUGCAUUGGCCAUCGGCAUCUCGGGGGAAGCCGGUGUCGCCUUCCUCUCCCUGGUGCUGUUCUUCGAGUCCUGCAUCUUCCCAACCAUCUUUACCCUCUCCAUCCGUGGCCUGAGCCGACAUACCAAGAGAGGAUCUUCCUGGAUCGUGGCCAGCGUCUCCGGUGGUGCUUUGUUUCCCGCACUCACUGGGCUUGCGGCUGACCACAUGACCUAUCAUAAGGCCAUGUGCGUUCCCUUGGCUGGGUUCUUUGUCAGCUUCGUCUUCCCCAUCUACUUGAACACAGUCUGCAAGAAAGAGCUGGACGGUUUCCGCGAGACCAAGAUCGGCUACGUGGAUGAGAGGCGGGGAACCAUCAUUGGAGAUAUCAACGAUAUCGAGACAUUCGAGGCUAUGGAGAAAAGACGGUCGGUCAAUGUUGAGAAGGUGUGA